AUGGCCGAGCACUUGGAGCUGCUGGCAGAGAUGCCCGCGGUGAGCCGCAUGAGUGCCCAGGAACGGCUAAAGCAUGCCCAGAAGCGGCGUGCCCAGCAGGUGCGGCUAUGGGCUCAGGCCCAGAAGGAGGACCAGAGUGGGAAAGGCUUUGGAAACCGGCGCAGCGCAGCGUCUGGCCGGCCAGAGAAGCAAGUCCUCUUCCCUCCAGGUGUCAUCCUACUAGAGGCUGCCUCCCGCAACGACUUGGAGGAAGUCCGCCAGUUCCUUGAGCAUGGGGUCAGCCCUGACCUGGCCAAUGAGGAUGGCCUGACGGCCCUGCACCAGUGCUGCAUUGAUGACUUCCGGGAGAUGGUGCAGCAGCUCCUGGAGGCCGGGGCCAACGUCAAUGCCUGUGACAGCGAGGCCUGGACCCCCCUGCAUGCUGCAGCCACCUGUGGCCACCUGCAGCUGGUGGAGCUGCUCAUUGCCAGUGGUGCAGACCUCCUGGCCGUUAACACUGAUGGUAAUAUGCCCUAUGACCUGUGUGAAGAUGAGCAGACACUGGACUGCCUUGAGACAGCCAUGGCUGACCGCGGCAUCACCCAGGAGGGCAUCGAGGGUGCACGGGCUGUGCCAGAGCAGCACAUGCUGGAGGAUAUCCGGAGCCUGCUUAGGACAGGGGCUGACCUGGACUCUCCACAAGACCACGGAGCUACGCUGUUACACAUUGCUUCAGCCAACGGGUUUGGCGAGGCAGCAUUGCUACUGUUGGAACAUGGGGCCAGUCUGAGUGCCAAGGACCGUGAUGGCUGGGAGCCUCUGCAUGCUGCUGCCUACUGGGGCCAGGUGCACUUAGUGGAGCUGCUCGUGGCACAUGGGGCCGACUUGAAUGGGAAGUCCCUGAUGGAUGAGACCCCCCUUGAUCUGUGUGCUGAUGAGGAGGUGCGGGCCAAGCUGCUGGAGCUGAAGCACAAGCAUGAUGCUCUCCUUCGGGCUCAGGGCCGCCAGCGUUCCCUGCUGCGGCGUCGCACCUCCAGUGCAGGGAGUCGAGGGUGAGCCUGCCCCGGCCCUCCCCGCUCCCUGCCCAGAACCCUGCAGGCCUGCCCCACUCCUUGCCAGCCUACUGGGACCCUGCUAGCCCACACUGCACUGUUCCUGCCCCAUGCCCCACCAGAGGCCAUCGUAUGGCAGCAGCCACCCCCUACCAGCCCUGAACCACCUGAGGAGGACGAGGACCGCCAGACCAAUGCAGAGCUCCAGCCCCUGCCUCCUGGGGAAGACCCAGAGGCUGCUCACCCACACAAUGGCCAAGUGGGGAGCCCCCCAGGGCGGCAUCUAUACUCCAAGCGGUUCGACCGCAGUGUCUCCUACCAGCUAAGUCCUCUGGACAGCUCUGCAGCUGAGGCCCUUGGGCGUGACAAGGCCCACCACACCCUGGCAGAGCUUAAGCGCCAGAGAGCAGCUGCCAAGCUGCAGCGACCGCCUCCUGAGGGGCCCCAUGCCCAGGAUUCCGACCUUCCUGCUAACACGGAGACCCUCCAAACUGAGAGUGGAUUCAGGGCCAGUGGGGACCCACCCCUGCUCAAGCUUACUGCUCCCUCCGAGGAGGCUCCUGGGGAGAAACGGCCAUGCUGCCUGCUUAUGUGA